UUCCAGAGCACCGCAGCAUCUAUGUUCUGGAACAGGUUCCGGUACGCACUUCUUGUCAUGGGUUUCCUCUGUCUCGCAUCAAUCUGCUCCAAUUACAUCAUCAUUAACUUCACAUUCAUUUGCAUGGAGAGUGAUGAUUCAGGGAAUGUUCAUAUAGGCAAUAAGACUGUCAACCGCUACAAUUACAGUCCUGCGCAAAAAACCGUUAUUCCACUCGCUGCCUACCUUGGAUUACCGUACCUCCUUGUUUCAAGAUUUGUGCAGGGGCUUGCAUAUGCUGCCGACUUUGCUGCCAUUGGAAUAAUUUGUGUACGCUGGGCUCCUUUAUCUCAGAUUGGAUUAUUCAUAAGUAUACUGACAACAUUCACGCAGAUAUCCAGUAUCGUUACAAAUCCACUAUCUGGUUGGCUCUGCCACUCCAGCCUUGGAUGGCGCUCUGCUUUUUACGUACAUGCAGCUUUUGGAUUGUUCAUGUUCCUUCUCUGGAUUAUGUUCUACCGCGAUGAUCCACAGCUACAUUCAUGCGUUAGCGAAAAAGAGCUUUCAAAAAUCCACAAGGACAAGACACGCGCUCAUAUAGAGAGAGACAGCUUUGUACCUUAUAAGGAAAUCAUUACAAAUAAGGUUAUCCUGAUAAUUUGGUUCAACGCUUUUACGGAAAUGACCACAGCCAUUCUACUUUUGGUGUAUGCUCCUACAUAUUUCCACAAAGUUCUUGGAUAUGAUAUUCCUACAACUGGAAAGUUUGGCAAUCAGAGUAAGAGUCCUCGACGAGCGAUACAAAAUGUGGUUUUUCAACUCAAUUUCUCCGAAUGGUCUAAAACUGGUGUUACACUAUUCACCUUAGUAAUCACCUGUAUGGGUUUCAAUCCUGGUGGCUUCUAUAAAUGCGGAACACUUUGUUCAAGACAGUACGCUCACUUUGUGUUAGCUGCUAUACAAUUCAUGAAAUGUGUUGCCAUGUUUGUCGCUCCUGGAACAGUUGCCUUACUAGUUCAAGAUGAAAGUCGCUACAAUCAGUGGCGGUAUGUCUACUGGAUCAACGGUAUUCUUUUGAUAAUAGCAAAUUUCACUUUUCUCCCCAUAGCAACUGAUCAACCUGCUUCAUUUACUCUAAUCACGCGAGCAACUAAAGAAGAGCAAAAUAGGAAGAAAUUUUCCUACAGUAAAAAAAGCAAUGGCAAGGUCUCCAAGGAGGAUUGUGAACAGUGCGACCUUCGAUUAUAAUAAGCGCAG